AUGGAAAGUGACGAUCUUGGUGGUGAUUUGGUGAGAUUGGAUGGUGGUUGGGCCGUUGACGAGGAAACUUACGUCGUUAACACUGAUGACGUUCUAGAACAAGAGGAGAACAAUUCAGAUUCAAACAGCGGUGGAAAAAAUGUUCCCCUUAGAGAACAAGAUCGUUUCCUACCCAUUGCAAACAUCGCCAAAAUAAUGAAGAGAGCAAUACCUGAAAAUGGAAAGAUUGCUAAAGAUGCAAGGGAAUGUGUUCAGGAGUGUAUAUCAGAGUUCAUUUCAUUUAUAACAAGUGAGGCGAGUGAUCGCUGUCAGAUGGAAAAGAGGAAAACUAUUAACGGUGAAGAUGUUUUAUUCGCUAUGAACGCACUCGGCUUCGACAAUUACGUAGAGCCAUUGAAGUUGUAUUUAAAGAAGUAUAGAGAAAUUGUUCUAUCACCUGUAACGAUCAAUAAGUUAAACAAAACAAUUGUUUUAUAUGGAAGUGAUGGCACACAAUGUGUGGCAAACGAUAAUGACUCGGAAACACAAACCCAAACAGUUAUAUAUGGAUAUCCUAAAGUUAUCGGAGACUUUACAAUAUCUUAA